GCAACAUCCAUCUCAUCUUCAUCCGCCGAUCCUCAACUUUUAUGAGCCCGGAUUUCCAACCGUCAAGCCUUCCAUAUUGUCACGGUUCAUGAAUUCCAGCCUGUGCAUCUGCGUAUGACGACAACAUAUGCAAUUCGCCGCAAUCUGUUAAGGCUGAGCUGCGAUUUCGACCGACCGUCUGCCGAGGUCGUGCAGCUGCUGAUUGGCACUUCAAUUUCAGCUGGGGAUAUCUCGGUGGGAAGCUGAGCAGAGCUGUUCCUUGCAUCGGUUUUCAGCUGCUUCGCCGUUCAAGCACGUGCAGUGUGCCGCGAAGCGCAUUUUGCUGCUGCAAGCCAGAGGCUUUUUGCGACCAGGACAAAUUGCCCGGAUCAGCGGUCGCUGGGAGGAUAGCAGAUUCGGGCAUGGAAAGCUGACACUCUUUUAAAUCUGUCGCAGCACCGAUAGUGCAUAUCCGCUCCUUUCAAUCCACAGGCACUGGUGGUCACCAUCCACCCAGCCCAUUCUCAUUUCCCGGCCCUCUCCCUUUUGCGCGCAACCGAGCCCUUCUCUUACCUCACUAGUCCUCAUAAUGCCUCGAAUAGCAACCGCGACCUCCAAAAAGCAGUCGCUCACCUUUGCGCAACUUGCUGCAUAUGAUGACAUUCUGACGGAUGCUCUCAUCGAUCGUGUGUACUACUGGACGACAAUCCCAAAAAACCGGCCGUCGUACCAUCCGUCGCGCGGCGUCAGGGAAGAAGAGAUCGCCAAAAUCAUUCAAACUCACCUGAUCGUCGAGCCGAACCUUGCUGUUGCCGAGGAGAAGCUCCUGUCGACCGAUGGCUUGAGAAAGUUCCAUGACUCGCUCAAGACAGCCAAGGAAAGGGAAGAUUUCAGGUCCCACCUUCGUCGGUACAUGUCCAUCUAUCUUCCCGACUGCCCAUUUGAGGUAAAUGCGACAAACCGUUACACGAUCGAAUCGUACGAAGCGAGCAUCACAGCACGACGGCCCAUCAGGCGCAAUGAAGCAAUCAAAUAUUUGGCUGGAAUUCAGGUGACGGUUACGCCGGAGGAGGAGGCCCAGCUGGCCCUUCGAAAGAAGGACUUCAGUCUCGUUGUCAGCAGCAGGAGUAAGCUGACCAGCUUAUUCAUGGGACCUGCGCGGUUCGCGAAUCACGACUGCAGCGCAAAUGCCCGGCUCGUUACUGGCGGCCAGGCAGGGAUCCAGAUUUUUGCUUGCAGGGACAUUGCGGUUGGAGAGGAAAUUACCGUCACCUACAGUGAGAGCUACUUCGGUGAGAACAAUUGCGAAUGUCUCUGCCAAACGUGCGAGGAAAAGGGGGUAAAUGGCUGGAGACCCGAGGACGGCGUGUUGUCGGUUCAUAGGAGCAUCGAGGACAGCCCGUUCGACGUUGAUCAAGGCUACUCGCUGCGGAGCCGGAAACGGGAUCGGAGCCUUAGUGUCGCCGGGUCUCGCACAUCGUCGGUCACCCCGGACAUCCGGCCACGUAUUCCCAAGGGAUCCAGGCGUCGGUCAAUGGUGGGAGACAGGGCGUCAACCACUGAUUCUCUUGACGGUGAAAAUUUGGCCAUGUCCAACGCUUCUCUGAAACGAAAGCUGGACACGGCGGGCUUAAGUUCACCCCCGCUCACGCCGAGCAAGCGUUCACAACCUGAUCGCUACAGUACUGCCCCAGCUUCCUCCAGCAUAUCAAGGGGCAGCUCAGCUGUUGGAUCCGCCGGCGACUCUGUGGUCUCGGAAGAUGGGAAGAGCGCCCUCACCGAAGUCACGUCCCCGGAGCCUGACAAACCAGGUCCUCUCUUGUCACCGGAGCUUUCACCUGUGAAGCAGAGCGAUGCACCGAUUGGGCAAUUGGUUGGCGGGCGAUUGCCCCACCUGCCCCUAACGUCUGCGGAAACGCUUAAAUCAACGUCGAUUCUCCCUACAACGGAAUCCGAUCCUAUGCAAGGUCCAGUCGGCAAUGCGUCUACUACAGCAUCCUCACCGCCCGACCCGGAGUCUACACCCGCCAACGACCCCAAUGACGAGGCAGCCACAGUCACGUCCGCUUCCGCCACAAGGAGAAGGAAACGCGGCAUCUCCAACCAGCCCGCUGCAGACCGCCCGCGGAGACGUCGAGUUCCCGGGGAUUACACUCUCACACCGCUCCUCCUCUCGGAGCCGGAAACGGCGUGGAUUCACUGUACUAACUGCAACACGGCAUUUGUGCAGAAGGAUGCCUACUUUACAAAAGCCAAUUGCUAUCGAUGCGAGCGGCACUCUAAACUUUACGGUUACGUCUGGCCCAAAACAGCCCCGGAGGGUAAGCACGACAAAGAGGCGCGGGUGCUCGAUCAUCGGGAGAUCAACCGGUUCCUGCACCCCGAGGAUGAAGCAAUCAUACGCGGCCGGAAGCCGUGGAGGGAGCGCUUGACGGGCGCGAGUGCUGAGCCCACCAGUGGUGAGGAGCGCGGGCAAGAGUCGCUGCGUAGGGAACCGGAUCGAUCGAAACCUCGGGCCUCCUCGGAUCUUGAGGCGCCUGCGCGCCGGAGCGGGCGUAUCCGGAGGGCAAGCGCAAGAGCGUUAGGGGAAUGA